UCAUGCCAGUGUCUACUUCAAGGUCCAAGGUGGCGGAACGUCCGGGUACUUAUCUUGCCAUUCGUUCUGUCGUAUAGCUCGCUGCGGCCCCUACCCAAGUCAAGCUGUUUUACCAUCAAGCGCGCGAAGACCCAAGAUGCCCAUCUCUAUGCAGAAAGCCGAGCUCGUCGGCGUCCUCGUCGAGUCUAUCACUUAUGGUGCAUAUGCUGUCAUCCUGACACUCUGUAUCCAUGCUUUGUACAGGCGUCGGGGAAAUUGGCAGGCAAAUUGGAAAAUUGGCGGAGCACCUGCGGCGAGUUCCCAAGGCGAAAUCAGCGCGGGGCACCGUUCACGUAUCGGUCUUGCCUUAUGGGCGGCGAUUCUCUGGGUUCUAAUAUCUGCUCACUUGGUUGUUGACUGGGCCCGUGUCAUCACUGCGUUCACCGGAGACGAGUCUAACCCGGAGGGGGCGGCUGAAUAUUAUGCUCAACUAACAUCAGCUGGCAGUGUCUUCAAGACGUCCGUCUACACAGCCGUGACAAUUGCCUCAGACGCGUUCAUUGUUUAUCGAACCUUCAUAGUAUGGAACUGCAGUCUUCUGCUGACGGCCCUACCGCUCUUGCUUUUCCUGCGGACAGUGUCUAAACCAGCAAUGGGAAUCACGGCAUGCUACACUCUGAGCAAGUUGAAUGCGGAUGCCGUGUUCUAUGCCAAACUGCUAUCAUCGCGUACGCAGGCAUUCUACUCGUUGACAGUCAGCGUGAAUGUCAUCUGCACAUUGCUCAUCUCGUACCGCGUCCGGCAAAUUCAGAAGUCCGUUAGAACCUCAAGUACGCACGAUCUGAGGACUAGGUCCAUGUUAUCACAACUAGUCGUAGUUGCCGUUGAAUCUUGUGCUGCCUAUUCUGCGUUCUUGUUCACCGCACCUAUUAUUGUAUGUUCCAUAACUCUAAACCCGCGUUGUUAUACUGACCACGCUCGACACAUAGGGCAUCGUCUUCUCAUCGGUCAUCCUCCGUGUUAGCAAGGGUAUCAGUAUCGGUGACGGUAAUUCCGACUUGGAGCUCGCUGCUCUUGCUAGCAUGGACCCAAGACGUCUUGGAGAUGAUGCUGCCGCCGAACCCAGUGUGACUCCGAGCCACGCAAAGAGCAGGAGCAUCGACAAGUCUUCCUUCAAGUCUGGCACGACCGACGUUUGAUGAAUGAAAUUAGUUGUGAUACGGUCAUGACUACGUUACACCGGCGACGAGUGUACUACUGCUGUAGUAGUGACUGAUGGGUUCGGCACGUAGUUCACGAUCGUGAUGUUUUCGUUUUGAUGACUGUGAUAUGGUCUCCGCUUUGUGCCCCCAACCAGAUGCUUAUAACGAUCCUGUUCGCUUUUGUAAAGGUCCACGGCAAGCAAUGGGGGUCUCAAAUCCAGCCCGACCGUUUCAAUGAUCAACUCGAAGUGCGUACUACUCAGCAGUCGC